AUGCUGAAUAAUGUCAUUUUCUUUUUAUUUCUCUGGGUGAUUGGCAUACAAGCUGAAGAGGAAGUAAAAAGUCACUUAAAUUUAUACAUAUGCGACAUUUUAGCAACAUAUCCUCAUAUACAUGAGCAUAAAACUAGAAAUAAUGGGUAUUUAGAUCCUUCAUUCGUGGUUAAUAAAUAUCCAUUUACCCAAGGUUUGUUAUUUUUGAAUUCUAGUGUAUUAAUAGAAAGUGCUGGUUUGUAUGGAGGUAGUUUUAUUAGAACAUUAGAAUUUCCAAGUAUGAAAUAUAUUGACCAUAGAUUGCUAUUUUCUGAGUUUUGGGGUGAAGGAGCUGCUAUUUUAAAUAAUAUACUUUAUCAAUUGACUUGGAGAUCUGGUAUUUUAAUUGCAUACAAUACUACCAAUUUAUCUAUUCUUAAAUAUUAUAAAAUCCCAUUUGUUGGAUGGGGUUUAACAUCAGAUGGAACUUCAAGAUUAUGGGCAACAUCAGGCGACUCUAAAUUAUUUGAAUUAUCUAUCCCACCAUUAGAUUCAAAUUAUAAUUUAAUUAGUAUCAAAAGAAGGAUUGAUUUGAAUUGCAUGGGCCAGCCAUUAAAUAAUUUAAAUGAACUUGAAUACGUUGCAGAAACGAAUACAAUAUGGGGCAAUAUAUUUGAAUCUUCUCUAAUCGUAGAAAUUGAUCCAGAAACUGGAAAUUGUAAAUCCUUGGCAAAUUUAAGUUCAAUCUAUAAUCCAAGGAAAAGUUCACUUUUACAUCACACUGACAUUUUCAAUGAUGUUCUAAAUGGUAUUGCAUAUCAUCCCAUUUUAGAAUCUUAUAGAAACAACUCCACUUUUCCUAGUAAAAAAUUACCAAUAUUUCUAGUUACUGGUAAAAGAUGGCCGAGGAUGUAUGUUGUUCAAUUAAAGAAAAUAAAUUACAAUAUUCAAAAUCUAAAUUGGCAAACGCUUCCACAAAUUCAAGAAUUUUAUCAAAAUCCACUAAUAAAACGUGAAAAUUAUGGAAAUCACUUUUAUUCAUAG